AUGGCGACACAAGCGACUCAGUCGCUCAAAUGUGUAGUGACGGGUGACGGUGCCGUCGGCAAGACUUGUCUACUCAUAUCGUACACCACCAAUGCAUUUCCCGGAGAAUAUAUCCCGACAGUCUUCGACAACUACUCGGCGAGUGUGAUGGUAGACAACAAGCCCAUCAGCCUCGGACUUUGGGAUACGGCAGGUCAAGAAGACUACGAUCGACUACGACCACUUUCUUACCCACAGACCGACGUCUUCCUCAUAUGUUUCUCCAUCGUCAGCCCAUCAUCCUUCGACAACGUCAAGGCGAAGUGGUAUCCUGAAAUCGAACACCACGCUCCGGGCGUCCCUAUCAUACUCGUCGGCACGAAGCUCGACCUCCGAGACGAUCCCGAGGUCCGCGAACAGCUGCGUCAGCGCAAGAUGGGACCGAUAUCGUACGAAGUGGCUGUGCAGACUGCGAAGGAGAUUAAGGCUGUCAAGUACAUUGAGUGUUCUGCUUUGACGCAGAGGAAUCUGAAGAGUGUGUUUGACGAGGCUAUCAAGUAA